AUGAAUUCAAUAAAGUGGAAGGGUUUGGUUAUCGGAGAAGGACAGAUUUUUCCUAAUGCAGUGGCUCUUAGGCAAGCACUGUAUAGGUACAGUAUUGCUGUGAAGUUUUCAUACAAGUUUGUGAAGAACAAUCAACAAAAGAUCAUUGUGAAGUGUAUGGCGGAGGGAUGCCCGUGGUAUAUGGGUGCAUACUCAAUGGGACAAAGACAAGAUUCUGAGUUGUUAAUAAUUAGAACCUUAAGAAGUGAGCAUGUGCAUUAUGCACAGGACAGCUUGGUUGUAUCUCACUCUAGAGGGUCAAACUUAACAUCAUCAAUCAUGAUAGAUUCUUUGAGGUGUAAUAUAGACAAGAAUGCUAAUGAACUUAGAAGAGAUCUGUAUAGAGAAUAUGGGGUGCGACUGAAUUAUAGUCAAGCAUACAGGGGUAGAGAAAGAGCAUUGAGGGAAAUACAUGGUCGUGCACAGGAUUCAUACAUGGCGAUUCCCUGGAUUUGUCAAAGGCUCAUUGAAACUGAUCCAAACACAAGUGCUCGAUGGGAAGGGUUGGAUAGUAACAGAUUUCAGAGGGUGUUCAUUGCUUAUGGAUGCUCAAUUAAUGGAUUUUUAGAAGGGUGUCGACAUAUACUUUAUAUAGACGGCUGUCAUCUAAGUGGUCCUUACAGGGGGACAUUGAUUUCAGCUAAUGCAUAUGAUGCAGACAAUGAACUAUUUCCAUUAGCAUAUGCUAUAGUUAGUGGGGAGACAUAUGAUGAUUGGGCUUGGUUUCUCCAGAACAUCAAAGACAUCACAAGAUCAGUGGAGACAACGAUAGUUUCAGAUCGGAAUAAUGCCAUUAUAGGUGCUGUGCGAACAAUAUUUGGUGGCGAGAGACAUGCUUUUUGUUAUAGGCAUGUGAAAGAAAAUUUUAGUGCACAUUAUUUAAAAAUUAACCGAGGCAGGGGACGAGUUUCAGGUACUUCAAAGGACGUUGCAUUGAAAAUGCUGGAUGGAAUCGCCUAUGCAAGGAUUGAGGAUGAAUAUGUUGCUGCAAUGGGGAAACUUAGAUCAUUCUGUCCACAAUUGGCUGAUUGGGUUGACACUCAAGGAGAUGUAGAUCGGUGGGCUUUAAGCAAAUUCCCGUUUAAGCGAUGGGAUAACAUCACUACUAAUGUUGCGGAGUCGUUUAAUGCCUGGAUUUUGAAGGAGAGGAAGCACAAUGUGUCAGUUCUCAUACAUGAGCAUAUGGAGAAAUUAGCCAAGAAGAUGGUUGCAAGCAAAAUGGCAAUGGAAAAUUGGACAAAUGGCGUUGGGCCAAAUAUUGAGUCCAAGUUGCAAGAAAAAGUAGCAAGAGCGGAGAAUAUGCAUACUGUAUAUUAUGGAGAUAACCGAGUUCAAGUUGAUACUACAUCUCCUACUGGAAUAAUUUGUGUCACUGUUGAUCUCACAGCUCAGAAAUGCACUUGUUUAGCAUGGCAAAUGAGCGGACUACCUUGUGCUCAUGCCUGUGCAGCGAUAAAGCUACUUCAUGGUAGUGUUUAUGAAUUUGUAGAUGAUUGCUAUAAGCUGUCAGCCCAAGAGAAGAUAUAUGCAAGUAGUAUGAGGCCAAUUGCGACACAUGAUUGUCCUCGUCCCGAAGCUCUCACCGUUACGCAGAUGAUGACGGGAACAUUUUUACAGCCACCAAUCACUAAAAGACCCUCAGGGAGGCCAAAGAAAAGAAGGAUUGAAUCUCAAUUUCAAAGUAAAAAACUUUACCACUGUGGAAGAUGCCAUGAGCCAGGCCACACUGUGAAGACUUGCCAGAACCCCAAUCCAAGUUGA